CCGUGGGCGCCGCCGCCGCGCGAAUCUCGGGCUGGGAGCCGCGCCGCGGGGCCCGGAGCCGGCGCGCGCGGGGAGCCGAGGCGGCGGGCUUGGCGCCGUGUGCCGUCGUGCCCCCGGCCCAAGAGACGGCGGGCGCGGGAACCUGGCCGUGCAAGUAUUCAACCCGGAACUGGGGCCUCCCGGCGGAGGCCGGACGCGAGAGCGGAGGUUUCUGGGAGCUCCGCGGGCACAGCCGGGGCCUCGGGCGCCGCGCGCCGUGGCUGGCCGCCCUGGGGUGGACGCUGGCGGGAGAGCUGGGGAAGGAUGAGCGCGGAGGACAGAGUUAGGGGGAGCCGAAGGCUGGUGGACAAGGAGGACCGACCCGGGAAAGCCCAGCGGACUCAGCCUCUGCCCUCCCUUGACCUUGAGCUUUUUCUUUCAGCCACGUGCUAGGAGUGAUGCCAAACUUUUUUUUUUUUUUCCUCUUUCAAACGGACGGAUUUUCCAUGAUCUCCAACUAACAGUAUUGAAGCUGCCGAAUCAAAUUUGAAACAAAUCUGUAUUCAUGAAGAGUGACUGCAUACCAACCACAAUAUGUCAAGAAAGAAAAAAAGAUCCAAUAGAAAUGCUUCAUUCUGGGCAGCUGGUAAAAGUCUGUGCCCCAAUGGUUCGAUAUUCAAAGUUGGCUUUUAGAACAUUAGUAAGAAAAUAUGGUUGUGAUCUGUGCUAUACACCAAUGAUAGUUGCUGCUGAUUUUGUCAGAUCAAUAAAAGCCCGAGACAGUGAAUUUACUACAAACCAAGGUGAUUGCCCAUUGAUUGUUCAGUUUGCUGCUAACGAUGCGAGACUUUUAUCUGAUGCUGCUCGUAUUGUCUGUCCUUAUGCGAAUGGAAUAGACAUUAACUGCGGUUGCCCUCAGAGGAUCCAUGAUGACCUUACAAGAACUAUAGAUCUUUGUCGAAAGGCUGAGGCAACAGGAGUUUCUUGGAUUACAGUCCAUGGAAGAACUGUUGAAGAAAGACAUCAGCCAGUUCACUAUGAGGCCAUUAAAAUAAUUAAGGAAAACAUGUCUAUACCUGUAAUUGCUAACGGAGACAUCAGAAGCUUGAAAGAAGCAGAAAAUGUGUGGCAUAUUACUGGGACAGAUGGUGUGAUGGUUGCAAGAGGACUCUUAGCAAACCCUGCCAUGUUUGCUGGAUAUGACGAAACCCCGCUGCAGUGCAUCUGGGACUGGAUUGACAUUGCUCUUGAACUUGGAACUCCUUAUAUGUGUUUCCAUCAACAUUUAAUGUACAUGAUGGAAAAAAUAACUUCAAGGCAGGAAAAAAGAGUGUUUAAUGCUUUGUCAAGCACAUCAGCAGUUUUAGAUUACCUUACAGACCAUUAUGGGAUUUGACUGGACUUCCUAAAGUAUUUUAAUAUUUACUUCACUUUAUAUCUACAGUGAAACCACCCAAGGUCACAUUUUGGUUUUUACUUUAAGUCAGUGUCUCUCCCCCAUAAGCAUAAAAACAGUGCCCUGAGAACAUUUUAAAAAGUUAGUCCUAGACCCCAUCCUUAGAGAUUCUGAUUCAGUACAUCUAUAGGAUGGAAACAAAAUUUAGUUGUAAAGAAGACCCCAGGUAGAGCAAACAUCCUGGUCACUCUACCAAACAUUGACAAACUGUUGUUCUGAAAUCUAUUAUGGAUUUAAAAAAAAAAAAAAUUUCCUAAAGGAAUUGUGUUUUUAACAUUUUUAAAUAAAUUUUUUAUUUUAAUACUAAAAGUAUGAGUCUAAUAGUAUUUAUAAGUCAACAUGAAGUAUGUUUGAAUGAAAAUAAGUGCAAAGUGACAGAACAAAUGCCAACUUCUACAUAAAAUGAAAAGGAACGAGAAUUCUGUAUAAAGUUACUUUCAGGGCUUAGAUUAAAAAUUCAAAUUGGAAAAUCAAACUGGUACUUCCUAAUUCAUGAAUGACACUUCCAGGUAUGUGUU